UAUUAACCUAAAUACGCAAAUUAUGGCGCAGGGGAAAUUGAAAACUAACGUUAAAGUUCCCGUCCACGGGAAACCAAAACACAAAGACAGGAACAAGAACAAAGGUCCUAAAAGGGGCGGAAGAAUCAUUGCACCAAAGAAGGCAAAGCUCGUGCAAGUAGCCAAACUGAAGAAGGGUCUUGAGAACACUAUCAGAGCCAGCAUAGAACAGGACGCAUCUGCUAGAGCCAGUGCCAUGGAACCCAGGUCACUUCAUCUCGUCCAAUCAGAGGGAGCGGCAGCCAGCAACAGAUUUGGCAACCAAUCAGGGAAGAGCAAAAGCAAGGGGAAGAAACAUGGCAAAAAACCCUAGCAUGUACAGUAUGGUAGCGCUGGACUCAUUUGUUGUUUGGAUUGCCAGUUAGGCACAGUUGAAAUGGAUGGCAUUGGUUCUUUGCAGAAUCCGUAGUUCUCAGAGAUCACAGGGUGUCAAAAGAGAAGGAAUCUA